AUGUCCUUCUUCGUUGGUUCGGCUUCUGCCGGCACCAUUUUGGUUGUCGUCGGUGCUUUCGUCGCCAUCAACAUGAUCGUCAAUGACAUGAACAAUCUCCAAGACGAGAUGAAGCAAGAUAUGGAGCGAUUCAAGAACGUUGCUGACGAUACCUGGUCUCGUGUUAUGGGAUCUGACACCGGAAGCUCUUCCGUCCCAAUGCUUUUCGGACGCAAGAAGAGAUCUACCGGAGGAUUCGAACAAUGUAACUGUGGAUUCCAACCAACUGCUUGCCCUGAUGGACCACCAGGACCCCCAGGAGAUGAUGGACAUCCAGGAAACAACGGACAAGACGGAGAAUCAGGAAGACCAGGACGUCCAGGAUAUGCUCCACCAGUCCAAUACCACCCACGUCGUCACGGAUGCAUCCGUUGCCCAGCUGGACCACCAGGAGCUCCAGGAUCUCAAGGACCACGUGGAUUGCCAGGACCAUCAGGAAACCCAGGAUCUUCAGGAUCUGCUGGAUCCCCAGGACGUGACGGACAACCAGGAUCCUCUGGAUCACCAGGAGAGCCAGGACACCCAGGACGUGACGGACAACCAGGAACUGCUGGACAACCAGGAACCGCCUACAGACCAGGAGCACCAGGAGCCCCAGGAUCUAACGGAGAACGUGGACCAUCUGGACCAGCUGGACAACCAGGAAGAGAUGGAAACGAUGGAGGUUCUGGAGAAGCUGGACCAGCUGGACAACCAGGAUUCCCAGGAGGACCAGGACGCGAUGGAAACCCAGGAGAGCCAGGAUCCGACGGAUCUGCCGGACCAGAUGCUGGAUACUGUCCAUGUCCAAACAGAUCUUUCCUUCUCUAA